UUGGAAGAGGAGCCUUUGGUGUGGUCUGCAAAGCAAAAUGGCGAGCUAAAGAUGUAGCCAUUAAACAAAUAGAAAGUGAAUCUGAAAGAAAAGCCUUCAUUGUAGAGCUUCGACAACUGUCACGCGUAAACCAUCCCAAUAUUGUCAAGUUAUAUGGAGCCUGUCUAAACCCAGUGUGUCUUGUUAUGGAGUAUGCUGAAGGAGGUUCUCUGUACAAUGUGCUGCAUGGUGCUGAACCUCUGCCUCAUUAUACUGCUGCACAUGCCAUGAGUUGGUGUUUACAGUGUUCCCAAGGAGUGGCAUAUCUCCACAGUAUGAAGCCAAAGGCUCUAAUCCACAGAGACCUGAAACCACCAAAUUUGCUCUUGGUAGCUGGGGGGACAGUUCUAAAAAUCUGCGAUUUUGGUACAGCGUGUGAUAUUCAAACACACAUGACCAACAAUAAGGGAAGUGCUGCUUGGAUGGCACCUGAAGUUUUUGAAGGUAGCAAUUACAGUGAAAAAUGUGACGUUUUCAGUUGGGGUAUUAUUCUCUGGGAGGUAAUCACCCGUAGGAAACCUUUCGAUGAGAUCGGUGGUCCAGCUUUCCGCAUAAUGUGGGCAGUUCACAAUGGUACUCGGCCACCGUUGAUCAAAAACUUACCUAAACCGAUUGAGAGUUUAAUGACCCGUUGUUGGUCCAAGGAUCCCUCACAACGACCAUCCAUGGAGGAAAUUGUUAAAAUAAUGACACACUUGAUGCGGUACUUUCCAGGAGCUGAUGAACCUCUGCAAUAUCCUUGCCAGUAUUCAGAUGAAGGCCAAAGCAACUCCGCCACUAGUACAGGUUCAUUCAUGGACAUCACUUCUACAAACACAAGUAACAAGAGUGAUGCUAAUGUGGAACCAAGUGACUUCCAAGGAGCUUCUACCAAUGACACUAUUAAACGUUUAGAGUCAAAAUUGGCACAGCAAAUGAAAAAUACAGCCAAGCAGCCGGGUGAUCCUGGCCGUUUGAGUUUACCCCCGUCUCGCGGGAGCAGUGUGGAGAGCUUGUCAGAUGUUCGUGCAAGACCACAGUCAGCCCUUGUUUCAGGAGAAGCCAAAAGAAUGAGUGCUGACAUGUCUGAAAUAGAAGCAAGAAUAGCUUCUCUCACAGCCUAUUCCAAGCCUAAACGAGGCCAUCGUAAAACUGCUUCAUUUGGCAACAUUCUGGAUGUCCCUGAGAUCAUCAUACCAGCAGGAAACGGACAGCAGAGGCGCAGAUCCAUUCAAGAUCUUAGUGUUGCUGGUACAGAGUCCAGUCAGGAGAGUAGAAACAGCAGUAGAUCAUCUAGUCCUAGUGUGAGAAUGAUCACUACCUCGGGACCAACCUCUGAAAAGCCAACUCGUAAUCCAUGGACACCUGAUGAUGCAGCUGCUCUUGGAGAUAGCAUAGUCUUUGAGGGCAACACCUUAGUUUCUCUACCACGACUACUCUGUGGCAGGUGCUUUUGGGGUAUGGAGACCAAUGGGUCAGAUAACUCCAUCCCAAUGGCAUAUCUUACAUUAGAUCAUCAGUUACAGCCUCUAGCACCAUGCCCAAACUCCAAAGAAUCUAUGGCUGUGUUUGAACAGCACUGCAAAAUGGCACAAGAAUAUAUGAAAGUUCAGACAGAAAUUGCAUUGCUGUUGCAGAGGAAACAAGAACUAAUAGCAGAACUGGACCAGGACGAAAAAGACCAGCAGAACACAUCCCGUCUGGUACAAGAACAUAAAAAGCUGUUAGAUGAAAACAAAAGUCUCUCAACUUACUAUCAGCAGUGCAAAAAACAAUUAGAGGUCAUCAGAAAUCAGCAACAGAAACGGCCAGGCACAUCAUGAUUUCCUGGGACCUUUCAAAUGAAAAAUAUGCACAGAAAAGACUGAUUUUUUUUUUUUUUAUUGUUAUUAUUAUUAUCUCUUAUUAUGACAACUCAUGAGUGUUAGCUUCUUGGUGUGAUCUGUAUUUGUCUGCUACACUUAACAACAUUUAAUUUUCUUUUUCCUAUGGUGGACAUCCAGUUCAACAGGUUAAUCGAAUACGGUGAGAAAACAGUGACUUGAAUUAACCGACAGCCCUCAGUUUAAAGCAAGAACAGUGGCUGUAUGCAUGCUCCCUGUGUGAAGGCUAGCCUAACAAGCGUUAAAGUGGCUGCUAAAUUGUAAGAUCUUUUUUUUAGGUUUUGGUAUUACCUCGAUAAGAGCAAAACAAAAACUUUUCCUGUUUAAGAAUGGUUUUGUUCCAGUGUCUCAUCUCAAACUAUUAAUACGAUGAUUAUUUUCAGGACUUAAACAUGCACCAAGCUGCAGAGGUGGUGUUGGCUGACCAGAGUAAUUCAUGAUGCAUUAGUGAUGCCUUUUACCUGUAGACAUAGUGUAUUUUUUCCACAUGCAAAAUGGUAGGCAAACUGAUGCCAGCAUCCUCGGGUCAGUGCUUGGUAGCCCUGCGUUUUGACUAAUAUAUUUCUUGUAAUCUUGCAUUCAUAAAAUAUUUGAAGUAAAAAGCUGUAUUUUCUUUACUUUCUUGGGGGGGAAACGACUUGCAGUUUCAUUCAGUUACUCGGCAAAAGUUAUGAAGGUGCUUCACCGGGCAAAGUCUGUCUCUUGUAUAGAAGAGAGAAAGAAUCAAAAAUGUGUGAAAGUGUGUUUUAAACCUUUAAAGCUUUUGACCCUGUAGCAUCUUUGGAAGGAAAUUCAGAAAGCAAGUGAAUACAAAAUUUUAAAUACUUGC